AUGAUUAGUAGCCCUAAAAAGAAAUUAAAAAUAAAUGAGUUUGAAUAUAAAGCAAUUAAUCAUAAUGAAAAAGAAUCAACAAAAGAAAAGAUAAAUAUAAAUGAAAAUAAAGUAAUAAGGCAUACAAAUGAUAAUAAAAAUAGAAAAAUAUGGUUAUGUAGCAAAAUAAAUAGUAUUUGUGACAAUCUGAAAAUAUUUAGAAAAAAAGAUGAUAGUGAAGAAAAAAAAAAGAAAAAUAAAAGAUCAUUUGAAGAUAUUUCAAAAGAUACUAAAGAAAAAAAGAAGGAAGGAAAUUUUAGAUCCUCUUUUGGAUAUUUAUCUUUGUUGAAAUCAUUGCUACAUAUUUAUAAGUUUUAUACCACGAAUGAUGUUGAAUAUUAUGUAAGUUCUUGUGUUAGUAGUAAAUAUUUAGAGGAACAAAAUUGUAUACAAAAGGAUUAUGAUAUUAAUGACAAUGAAGAGAAUCAUGAAGAAAAAUUAGAGAGUUUUUCUGAAAAGGAAUAUAUUACAGGAAAGCAUAAAGAACAAGAAAAAAAAACAUACAAUAAUAAAUAUAAUGAUAUUUUUGUUGAGAUUAUAAAUGAAAAGUCAGGUUUUUUUUUUAUUUUUAAUACUAUAUUUUUUACUUAUUUAAAAAACUAUUAUUAUUUUGUUGAUAUAGUUAAUAUUUUAAAUUACAUUGGUGAUAAUAAAAGUAUUAACAAAAUGGAUGAAAAGAAUAAAGAUAUUUUAAUAUAUGAACAAAUCGCAUUAUUUGUAGAAAAUAAUUAUGAUAUAUUGAUUUAUAAUAAAAAAAAUUCAAACAAUAACAUAAAAAAUAAAUACAAUAAUAUUAUAUCACAAAAAAAAUUAAUAGGAUCAGUAAACAAUAAAUCUAAAGAUAUAGAACAAAUUAAAAUAAAUUUAGAAAGUUUAAAGAAUAACAAAUCAUGUGAAGAACUUUUAUAUAUAUCUAUGAAUGAAUGUAAUAAAAAAAUUUAUCACGAACUCAGUAAAAUACCCAAUUUAUUUCAUGAUAUAUAUGAAAUAAGUGAUUAUAGCAAAAAUGAAAUAAUAAGUGAUGAAAAUCAUGAGAAAAUGAUGCAUCAUUUAAAUUAUAAAAAAAAUCCUACACUAUAUAAUGAUAAAAAUAGUUGCACAUCACUAGAAUAUGAUAAUUUUAAAAAUGAAUGUAAUUCUCUUAACUCGAAUUCAUUUAAAAGAAAUAAUUUAUCUUUAUAUAAUAAUGAAAAUAAUAUUUUAAAUGAAGGAAAUAAGGAAAUUAAGGAAGAAAAUUCAGAAAUUUUAGAAAAUGAAACUCAUAAAUCUAUAACAGUAAGUGAAUGUAAAGAUAAUAAAAGUAAAGGUUAUUUUAUAAAAAAAUUUUUAAUGAAUAUAUUUAAUCGUUCUAAAAUUAAUAAUAAUAUAAAUAAUGAAAAUGAAAUAAGUGAAAACAUAGAUGAUGCAGUACAUAUUAAUGAAAAUAUAAAUGUUUUAAAUUUCACUGAUGAAAAGGAAAAUACUAAAGAAACAGAGUAUAAAGAAAAAUAUUGUUCUGAAAAAAUAGGUUUUAUAAAAAAUGUCAAUGAUAAGAACACUUUUGGUGAAUUAAGAAACAGUUCUAAUAGUGCUAUUAAAUAUGAAGAUGAAGCACUUCAAUCCAGUGAAUUACAUAAGACAACUUAUUGUAAUGAUAGAAUAAAAGAACAAAAGGGAUGCAAAAAUGAAAAUGAAAAAUUAAGAAAAAAGUAUAAAAUUAAUAAUUUUGAAAAUAAUGAAUCAACAAAUAGUGAAUCAGAAAAUGUGGGACCCAUUAAUAAUUGUCUAAUUAAUAAUGAAUUAAAAAACAGUCCUUCAGAAAACAAAGAUAUUAAAAAUAAUGAAUUAAUAGAAGAGUACUUAGAAAAUAAUAAUACAAUUAAUAGCAAUUAUGAUGUUCAUAAAGAAUUAAUGAAAUUAAAAGAAUUAAAUGUUAACAAAGAAUAUAUAAAAAAUACUAAUAGCAUAAGUAAAGAAGUAAAUGAAUUAUUUGAUGAAGAAUUUAAAAAAAAGGAAUUGUAUGAAAGUGAAUUUCAAAAAAAUAUUAAAGUAAAUGAUGAUGAUAAACUUUCUAAUGAUUCUAAUUUCGGAAUAACAUAUUCACAUAAAAUUGAAGAGGAAAAAUAUAAUUCAGAAAAAUGUAAAUCAGAAAAUAAAUCAGGAGGUAGUGAAAUAAAAGAAAAUAAUUCAGUGGAAGAAACAUAUUCAAAGGAAAAAGAAAUAGAUAUAGAUGACUUAAAAGAAGAAGAAAAAAAAUUAGACAACAGUAACUCUGAAAAUAAAUUAAAUGAAAGCGAAUUAAGUUAUGAUGAGUUGUAUUAUAAUAAAUUAAAUGAAGUUGAAUUAGGAGAUAAUCAAAUAGAUGAUAAUAAAUCUAAUGAAGUCGCAAAUAAUGAAAAUAUAUUUGAAGUUGAAAAAAAUGGAAAUAAAGUAAAUGAAAGUAAUGUAAAUAAUAAUCAAUUAAAUGAACAUAUAUUAAAUGAUAGUCAAUUAGAUAAAAAUCUAACUAGUGAAGAUGUGCAAAAUAACAAGUAUAUGAAUGAUAAUAAACAUCAUGAAAGUAAGUCAAAUGAAAAAAUAAGUAAUCAUCAUACAUAUAAAAAUGAAGUAAAUAAUGAUAAUAAUUCAGAUGAAUUAUACGAUAAUGAAUCAAAUAAAAAUCAUUUAUAUGAUAAUUGCACAAAUGGAGAUGAACCAAAUAAAGAUGGGUUAAUUAGAUUAGAAUUAGACAAUAAGAAUUUAGAUGAAGAGGAACCAUAUUAUAUUGAAUCAAAUGAAAUUGAAGUACACAAUAAUGAGUUAAAUGAUAAUAAAUAUGAAAAUAAUAAAUCAAAUGAAAGUGAGUCAAAUAAUAUUCCAUCUAAUGAUAACCAAUCUGAUGAUUUUGAUGAUAAUAAAUUAAAUGAAGAUGAAUCAAAUGAUGCAGAAGUAAAUGAAGAUGAAUCAAAUGAUGCAGAAGUAAAUGAAGAUGAAUCAAAUGAUGCAGAAGUAAAUGAUGAAGAAUCAAAUGAUGAAGAAUCACACGAUAAAGAAUCAAAUGAUAAAGAAUCAAGUGAUGAAGAAUCAAAUGAUGAAGAAUCACACGAUAAAGAAUCAAAUGAUGCAGAAUCAAAUGAUGAAGAAUUAAAUGAUGAAGAAUCAAAUGAUGAAGAAUCACACGAUAAAGAAUCAAAUGGUGCAGAAUCAAAUGAUGAAGAAGUAAAUGAUGAAGAAUCAAAUGAUGCAGAAUCAAAUGAUGCAGAAUCAAAUGAGAGAGAAUCAAAUGAUGCAGAAGUAAAUGAUGCAGAAUCAAAUGAUAAAGAAUCAAAUGAUGAAGAAUCAUAUGAAAAUUCUUUAGAUGAAAGUGAAUCUAUCAAUAAUAAAUCAGAUGAUUACUCAGAAGAAUCAGGAAGUGAUAAUUACAGAAAAGAAAAAAAAAAAAAGAAAAAAUACGAAUUAGAAAAAAUGGAAGGAUCAGAAAAUAGUGAUAAUAUUUUAUCAUUUGACAAAAUAUCACCUUCCAAUGAGAUAGAUGAUGAACAAAUUAUUAAUUUUCUAAAGAAUAACAAAAAAAUUUCUGAUAAAAAAUAUUAUCGAGAAUAUUUAAAGAAUCUUCUAACAUGUAAUAAAGUAUGCUCUAUUAAGGAUCAUUCAAUUGAAAAAGGUAUAUUUAUUAAAAAAGUAAAGAAAUUGUGUGACUUAAUAAAAAAUAAAAAAUUUAAUGAUAAAUAUAUGAAUUACUGGAAAUGUAAAGUACGUUUUAAAUGUUGUAAACUUCAAAGAGCCUACAAAAUAUUUUUGGCGAUUAUUUGUUCUAUAGUUAAAGAAAUUAAUAAAUUAACAAAAGAAUUAAAUAGUAUGAGUAAUUUCAUAUUCAUAAAUUCAGGCAUUGAAAAUUAUUUAAAUGAAAAAAACAUUUCUAUUAUUGAAAAAAUUAGAGAAGACAAUGAUUUAAUUGAUAAUUAUUUUAGUGAAAACAAUAUAAUAAAUGAUUUUUUUUUUAAUAAAAAUUUUUCAAGAGAAGAAGAAAAAAAAAAAAAAUAUAUUUCAUACGUACCUUUAGAAAACUACAAGAUAUUGCUACUAUGUUUGAAAGACAUAUUUAAUGAAAAAAAUUUAGAAGAACAAUUAAAAAAUAUUUCUUAUUAUAUUGAAUUUGACAAUUAUAUACCUAAUUAUUGCAAUUUUUUUUAUGAUAAAUUCAAAAUAAAUUGUAACUAUUUAUAUCAUAUACAAAGUUUAUAUCAUAAUAGUGCCCCAACUGUUGAAUGUUUAAAUAUGUUCAUUGCAUGUUUAAAUUAUAAUUAUUCAAAAAUUCAUAAAAAGAAAACUCUUUUUAAAUAUGAACUAAAUAAUAAUUAUUUGUCAACUCUUCCUUUUGUAUAUUGUUGUGAUAUUCAAGUAAUAAAACAUUUGGAAUUUUUAAAAUUGAAGGAUACAUGUCAGAAAAUAAUUAAAGAUAAUAAGAUAUAUGAAAAUUUUUUAAAUCAUCUUUUUUCAUAUAUAUUUGAUGAAUCAUAUUUUAUUAUUCCUUUUUUUACUUCUUAUGGAAAAUUUUUAAUUAUUAUUAAAACAAAUAGAAAUGAAAAUUCAGAAAUUUCCAUUGAUUCAUUGAAAAAUAAAAAUUCGAUUACAUAUGAUGUGAUAAUUAAUAGUUUUGUUUUUCCCAAUGAUAGCAGUUUUCAUGCAAUUAUUCAUUUUUCUCAUAUUUUCAUAAAAUGUUUAAAAAACUUUUUUAAAACGAGAAAUUCAGAUGAAAAUAUUCCUGAAAUAUCAUUUGCAAAUUUAUUAAAUAUAGAAAAACAACAAAUUAUUUAUCAAGAAAUAGAAACUAAUAAAAAUAGGAAUGAAAUUAUUAUUAAUAUGUUUUUUCUUAUAGAAUCUUUUUUCAAUAAUACAAAAAAAAUAAGGGUUCCUAAGGAGUUUAAUCAAGGAUUAAGAUUUUUAUACAUUAUCAGAUUACUUGAGUUUUUUCACGAAAAAGAUUAA